UCAUGGCAGCCCCCAGCGCUCGCCGUCCGAGGGCGUGUAGGCGUGGUGCUGACUGACAGCUCCGCCACCGCGGGCCCGCCCUCUGCCCGCGCCAGCCCCGCCGCGUUCGGCCCGGGUAGCUCUGCGAGGCGACGGCCGGAAAGGGAGCCAUGGGGACAGUGCACGCCCGGAGUUUGGAGCCUCUUCCGGCCAAUGGACCUGAUUUUGGGGCAUUAGGAGAAGAAGCUGAGUUUGUUGAAGUUGAACCUGAGGCUAAACAGGAGAUUCUGGAGAACAAAGACGUGGUUGUUCAACACGUUCAUUUUGAUGGACUCGGAAGAACCAAAGAUGACAUCAUCAUAUGUGAAAUCGGAGACGUUUUUAAAGCGAAAAACCUCAUUGAGGCGAAGAGACAGAGCAGGGAGGUAGAAGCGCACGUCCUAGCUGCCGCCCUGUUCAAUGCUCCCUUGCUCCUAGGUGAGGACGCUCUCCCAAACGGGCUAGACGUCACCUUCGAGGUCACGGAGCUGAGGAGGCUGACGGGCAGCUACAACACCAUGGUCGGAAACAACGAGGGCAGCAUGGUGCUCGGCCUCAAGCUCCCCAACCUCCUAGGCCGCGCGGAGAAGGUGACCUUUCAGUUUUCCUACGGAACCAAAGAAACGUCGUAUGGCCUGUCCUUCUUCAAACCGCGGCCCGGAAACUUCGAAAGAAAUUUCUCCGUGAACGUGUACAAAGUCACCGGCCAGUUCCCCUGGAGCUCGCUGCGGGAGACGGACCGAGGGGUGUCGGCCGAGUACAGCUUCCCCGUCUGGAAGACGAGCCACACGGUCAAGUGGGACGGCGUGUGGCGGGAGCUGGGCUGCCUCUCGCGGGCCACGUCCUUCGCCGUGCGGAAGGAGAGCGGCCACUCACUCAAGUCCUCGCUGUCGCACGCCAUGGUCAUCGACUCGCGGAACUCCUCCAUCUUGCCCAGAAGAGGCGCUCUGCUGAAAGUGAACCAGGUACCGCGACUCGGGAGGGGAGAGUCCCACACGGGGGCACGUUUUCUGUACGGCACGCCUUCCUUUAAUUGUGGGGAGUGUUCUAGAACGGCUGGCAGGGGUGUGCGUGCAGCAUCAGGGUCCCCGCUCUGGAACUGUUCCCCGUCGUGCAGACGCCUGCGCUUCUGUCCCAGGUUUUACCUCGGAGGGCCGACCAGCGUCCGUGGGUUCAGCAUGCACAGCGUUGGGCCGCAGAGUGAAGGAGACUACCUGGGUGGAGAGGCAUACUGGGCCGGCGGCCUGCACCUGUACACGCCCUUGCCCUUCCGGCCGGGCCAGGGCGGCUUCGGCGAGCUCUUCCGGACACACUUCUUCCUCAACGCGGGGAACCUCUGCAACCUCAACUACGGGGAGGGCCCCCAGGCUCACAUCCGGAAGCUGGCAGAGUGCAUCCGCUGGUCCUACGGUGCUGGGAUCGUCCUCAGGCUUGGCAACAUCGCCCGGCUGGAACUUAAUUACUGUGUCCCCAUGGGCGUGCAGCCGGGUGACAGGUAGGUGCUCAGAGUUCUUCCCUCCGGUCACAC